UUAAGUAAUAAGUGAAGGUUCCGAGCAACAUGAUUCACGGAUAAUUAACUUAACGAGAUAACACGAUUGCUUUCUGUUUUAGACGGGGCACUUUCGAUGGAGCGGACGCAAAUCAUUGGCAGAUGAUGAAGCGGUAAACAUUUUCUUCGCGUAUCUUGUGCAACGGAGAUAAAAAGAUUCACGACGUAAAUGAGAUUUCGUACGAGAAGUUUGAAAGUACUCGAUAGCGAAUAAUUCAAAUUACCGGAGGAAAUAGAAGAUCGGAAACUCGCAACGCUUCUUCUGAAAACACGAUGAGUAAUAUCGAGACUGGGUGCGAGACCGUGUUCACUUCGUUUUGCAUUUCAUAUUCCGAGAACAUGUCACUACGAAGGAGCGCAUAAACACGAUACAAAAUGGAAGAUUCAGUAACAAACGGCACAAUUUUCGACCUCGAGUCCGGAGGUGAGAGUCUCAAGCACUUUCCACGGCCAGUCACUAUCGCAGCUGCGGUUUGCGCGAUAAUUUUCAGCGUCAUCGGAGUUGCGGGUAAUUUGGUAACAGUGAUAGCACUGUUAAAGUAUACAAGACUGAGACGACAUGCUACGACCGCUUUCGUAAUAAGUCUCAGUAUUUCAGACUUAAUUUUCUCUGCGGUAAACUUACCAUUAACUGCAAGCAGAUAUUUAAACGAGGCGUGGGUGUUGGGUGAAACUCUAUGCAAAAUAUUCCCGCUCUUUUUUUAUGGGAACGUGGCAGUAUCGCUGCUCAGUAUGGUAGCCAUCACGAUCAAUCGGUACAUACUAAUCUCGAGGUCAGAGAUAUAUGCUCAAUUGUACACCACGCAGAGAAUAAUUUUAAUGCUGAUUGCCAUAUGGACUUUAAGUUUCUCACUGCUUCUACCGCCAUUGCUUGGUUUUUGGGGAACAUUGGGUCUAGAACCGUCCACAUUUUCCUGUACAAUCCUGAAAAAGAAUGGAAACAGCCCAAAGAAAUUUCUAUUCGUUCUGGGUUUUAUAGUGCCUUGCGUUGUCAUCAGUGUUUCAUACCUCUGCAUUUAUUGGCGGGUAAGGAAGAGUAGGAGGAAUCUAGAGGCGCACUCUGGCAUCUCCAGGAGGAAAGCUGGAGGGUUUCAACGCCGAGAAGAUUCUAGAGUGACCAGGCUGAUGUUGACUAUAUUUUUGUGCUUCCUUCUGUGUUUUAUGCCACUGAUGUUGGCCAACGUGAUCGACGACAAGAUAAAAAUUCCGAUUCUGCACGUGAUUGGGUCUGUACUGGCAUGGGCAUCUUCUGUAAUUAAUCCUUUCAUUUAUGCUGGCACUAAUAAACUUUAUAGAGAGGCCUACAAACAGGUUCUGUGUCCAGUCUCUAGUAAAACACCGACCAUUGGACCGAAACCGACGCACUCGCAUUCCAGUAAAGUAUCCUCACCUCAAGCAACUUGAAGUUUCGUGAUGUUACUCGAUUCGAUGGAACCUUGCUCUUUUAAAGCAUUUAUUGUCGUUGGAUAAACAGUGGUGGUUAUUGUGAUUUAGGUAUAGUGGAAGAUGCUUGAAGUUGAACGAUAUGAAUAUUGAGGGUUUUGUAUUAUAUGUGAAUUAUUGGAAA